CGGAAUUUGGAUCCAGGCCUUGUAGUACAAAUCCAGUGCUUUCUCCAUCAGACCCUGUUGCCUCUUCACUGGCAGAAAAAGCUUUUGAUCAGUGACUGAUGAGAAUCAAAGGCCAUGGAUGAAGAUGGACUUGAAUUGCAGCCACAAGAGCCAAACUCGUUUUUUGAUGCAACAGGAGCUGAUGCUACACACAUGGAUGGUGAUCAAAUUGUUGUGGAAGUGCAAGAAACUGUUUUUGUUUCAGAUGUGGUGGAUUCAGACAUAACUGUGCAUAACUUUGUCCCUGAUGACCCAGACUCUGUAGUAAUCCAAGAUGUUAUUGAGGACGUUGUUAUAGAGGAUGUUCAGUGCCCAGAUAUCAUGGAAGAAGCAGAUGUAUCUGAAACAGUCAUUAUUCCUGAGCAAGUGCUGGACACAGAUGUAACUGAAGAAGUCUCUUUAGCACAUUGCACUGUUCCCGAUGAUGUUUUAGCCUCUGAUAUUACUACAGCAACUAUGUCUAUACCAGAACAUGUAUUGACAAGUGACUCUAUGCAUGUACCCGAUGUUGGACAUGUGGAACAUGUUGUUCAUGACAAUGUUGUAGAAGCAGAAAUUGUCACAGAUCCUCUGACAACUGAUGUAGUUUCAGAAGAAGUAUUGGUAGCAGACUGUGCCUCAGAAGCUGUUAUAGAUGCCAAUGGAAUCCCUGUGGAACAACAAGAUGAUGAUAAAAGCAACUGUGAGGAUUACCUUAUGAUUUCCUUGGAUGAUGCUGGGAAGAUAGAACAUGAUGGCUCCUCUGAAAUCACCAUGGACGCUGAAUCUGAAAUUGACCCUUGUAAAGUAGAUGGCACUUGCCCUGAAGUCAUCAAAGUUUAUAUUUUUAAGGCUGAUCCUGGAGAAGAUGAUUUAGGUGGUACAGUGGAUAUUGUGGAAAGUGAACCUGAGAAUGAUCAUGGAGUUGGACUACUUGAUCAGAGUAGCAGUAUUCGUGUUCCAAGGGAAAAGAUGGUUUACAUGACUGUAAAUGACUCUCAGCAAGAAGAUGAAGAUUUAAAUGUUGCAGAAAUUGCUGAUGAAGUUUAUAUGGAAGUAAUUGUUGGUGAGGAAGAUGCAGCAGUGGCACAUGAACAACAAAUUGAUGACACUGAAAUAAAAACUUUCAUGCCAAUAGCUUGGGCAGCAGCCUAUGGUAAUAAUACUGAUGGAAUUGAAAACCGGAAUGGCACUGCAAGUGCCCUCUUGCACAUAGAUGAGUCUGCUGGACUUGGCAGACUGGCAAAACAAAAACCAAAGAAGAGGAGAAGACCUGAUUCUAGGCAGUACCAAACAGCAAUAAUUAUUGGCCCUGAUGGUCAUCCAUUGACUGUCUAUCCUUGCAUGAUUUGUGGGAAGAAGUUUAAAUCUAGAGGAUUCUUGAAGAGGCAUAUGAAAAACCAUCCAGAGCACCUUACCAAGAAAAAAUAUCGAUGCACAGACUGUGAUUACACUACUAAUAAAAAAAUUAGUUUACACAACCACCUGGAGAGCCACAAGCUGACCAACAAAACCGAAAAGGCAAUUGAAUGCGAUGAAUGUGGGAAACAUUUCUCUCAUGCUGGAGCUUUGUUUACUCACAAAAUGGUGCAUAAGGAAAAAGGAGCCAACAAAAUGCACAAAUGUAAAUUCUGUGAUUAUGAGACAGCCGAACAAGGGUUAUUGAACCGCCAUCUUCUGGCUGUCCACAGCAAAAACUUUCCUCAUAUUUGUGUGGAAUGUGGCAAAGGUUUCCGUCAUCCAUCAGAGCUCAAGAAACACAUGCGAAUCCAUACUGGUGAGAAGCCAUACCAAUGCCAGUACUGCGAAUAUAGGUCUGCUGACUCUUCUAACUUGAAAACUCAUGUAAAGACUAAACACAGUAAAGAGAUGCCAUUCAAGUGUGAGAUUUGUCUUCUGACUUUCUCAGAUACCAAAGAGGUGCAGCAGCAUGCCCUUAUCCACCAAGAAAGCAAAACACACCAGUGUUUGCAUUGUGACCACAAGAGCUCGAACUCAAGUGAUUUGAAACGACACAUAAUUUCAGUUCACACAAAGGACUACCCCCACAAGUGUGACAUGUGUGAUAAAGGCUUUCAUCGGCCCUCAGAACUCAAGAAACAUGUGGCUGCCCACAAGGGUAAAAAAAUGCACCAGUGUAGACAUUGUGACUUUAAGAUCGCAGAUCCAUUUGUUCUAAGUCGCCACAUUCUCUCUGUUCACACAAAGGAUCUUCCGUUUAGGUGUAAGAGAUGUAGGAAGGGGUUCAGGCAGCAAAAUGAGCUCAAAAAACAUAUGAAGACACACAGCGGCAGGAAAGUUUACCAGUGUGAGUACUGUGAGUAUAGCACUACAGACGCCUCGGGCUUUAAGCGGCAUGUUAUUUCCAUUCAUACAAAAGACUAUCCGCAUCGUUGUGAGUACUGCAAGAAAGGGUUUCGGAGACCCUCAGAAAAGAACCAGCACAUCAUGCGACAUCAUAAAGAUGUUGGACUGCCAUAAAAAUUAUUUCACUGACUUAUGUGGAGUGGAAUUGUAAAGAAUAUUGGCCUUGAGACAGUCAAUUCAUUUUAAAGCCAAUCAGUUGUGAUUACAAAAAAAUACUGUGCAUUGAUUUAUGCUGUAUACAAAUAGGAUUAUUGCUUCUAGUUGACUUUUUUUUUUUUUUUUUACAUUUUGUUCAAUAGCGUGUUCUGGAUUCUAUUCAGUUUGUUUAAUAAAUGAGGAAAGAUGGCAACAAUAAAGUUGCAUUUAAUAAAGUAA